AAAGCCAGGUGCUGCCCCGCUCCGGAUCCCCCGGUGUGAAUCCAGCUCGCGUUUUCCAGGGCACCUCUGCAGAGAGACACGCAGCCGGCUCGACGCGCUCGCUCGCCGUCUUUCAGCCACUGACUCAAGAUUCACUUUGCGCAGUACGAAGCUGCUCGGAUUUCCUUAAGUUCAAAAACACAAUUACAGCCGAACGUACGGCAAGUCGACGAGUAUCGACCGAGUUCGUAAAAACUGGUCGGGCUGGCACGAUGAGGAGAGGACGCGUGGGGUUGAUGUAGACGUCACGCGAAUAUAUUGCGCCCGAACCGAACGUUGCACGGACCGGGACACUCCGGGCUCCUGAAAACGGCGAAAUGUUUCUGUGAAAUAAGCACUCGUUGUUCGGUUUACGAGCAGAGGUUAUACGUGGGCCUGAUGGAGUUAUCUGGAGCGCGUGGAUCUGUUGGGGACGCGUCUACCUGAGCGAACGCGUCGGACGCGCUGAAAGUCUUUGUGCGCUGCUUUUAGGGGUCACUUGGAAACCCUUUCAGUUUAUACUGCGCCCAAACACAAACUGCUGGAAAUAUUCCUCAACAUAUGGAAGAUGAUCGGUGAAUCUCUAAGGACAACUGAUCGCUGACAUCGUGGCCUGAAUACUUUAUCAUUCCCCUUUAAAGUCCAAACUAUCGUCCAGCUUCUGGAGAUCGUCUGUCAUUAACUGCGAUGGCUACUUCACUGUGGAAAUGUCCUUUUGUGCAUGGACUUCUGUUAACUGUGAUCUUUUUGCAAUGUUCAGAAGCUUUCAGUCGGGCAGCUUUACCAUUUGGCCUGGUGCGCAGAGAGCUGUCAUGCGAGGGCUACCCCAUCGAUCUCCGCUGCCCGGGGAGUGAUGUCAUCAUGAUAGAAACCGCCAACUACGGCCGCACAGACGACAAGAUUUGCGACGCUGACCCGUUCCAGAUGGAAAACAUUAACUGCUACCUCCCUGACGCCUACAAAAUCAUAUCUCAAAGGUGCAACAAUCGGACUCAGUGCGUCGUCAUCACCGGAUCUGAUGUCUUUCCUGAUCCGUGUCCUGGGACGUACAAGUAUCUUGAGGUCCAGUACGAAUGUGUGCCGUACAUUUUCAUUUGUCCCGGGACUCUGAAAGCAGUCGGGGAUCCAGCCUUUGUCUUUGAGGCUGAACAGCAAUCUGGAGCCUGGUGCAAAGACCCCCUGCAGGCCGGGGACAAGAUCUACUUCAUGCCAUGGACUCCGUAUCGCACAGACACGCUCAUCGAGUACGCCUCUCUCGAUGACUUACGGAGCGGUCGACAGACGACUACCUACAAGCUUCCACACCGUGUGGAUGGAACUGGAUUUGUGGCCUACGACGGUGCUAUUUUCUUCAACAAGGAACGCACGCGAAACAUUGUCAAAUUUGACCUAAGGACACGGAUAAAGAGCGGAGAGGCCAUUGUUGCCAAUGCCAACUACCACGACACCUCGCCGUAUCGCUGGGGGGGCAAAACUGACAUUGACUUGGCGGUGGAUGAGCGAGGACUGUGGGUCAUCUACGCCACGGAGCAGAACAACGGCCGCAUCGUUCUCAGCCAACUCAAUCCGUAUACUCUACGUUUCGAAGCCACGUGGGAAACCGCCUACGACAAGCGCUCGGCCUCCAAUGCCUUCAUGGUAUGUGGUGUGCUGCACGUGGUGCGGUCCACGUACGAGGAGAACGAAAGCGAGGCCAGUAAGAGCCAAAUCGACUACGUGUACAACACCAAACUUGGCCAGGGGGAGCACACUGAAAUCCUCUUUCCCAACCAGUAUCAGUACAUAGCUGCUGUGGAUUACAACCCGAGGGAUAACCAGCUAUAUGUGUGGAAUAAUUUUUACAUUCUGCGGUACAAUCUUGAAUUCGGGCCGCCUGAUCCAGCUGAAGUACCAACCGUCUCUGAUGAAGUCAGGUCGACAGUGCUUCCCAGAAGAACCACACCUCCUAUCGUGACCACCACAACCAUUGCCAUCCACAGACCACCGGUGAACGUCACCACCACUCCCAAACCCAAGCAAGGAAGGGACCCAGCUGCGGACCACCCUGAGUCAGCGGAGCCCACCGCCGUCAGCCUGCCCCCCUCCAGCAAACGCUUCUGCGAUGGCACGGAGAGGCGAGGAAUAUCCUGGCCGCAAACUCACCGGGGGGCAACGGUAGAGCGCCCCUGUCCUAAAGGCACUCGAGGAAUCGCUUCCUUUCUUUGCGUGGCUGCUGAUGGGACCUGGAAUCCCAAGGGUCCGGAUCUUAGCAAUUGUACGUCGCAUUGGGUAACACAGGUGGCGCAGAAAAUUCGGAGCGGAGAAAACGCAGCAAAUUUGGCCAAUGAGCUGGCACGUCACACUCAGGGUCCCGUGUACGCCGGGGACGUCAGUUCAUCCGUUCGAUUGAUGGAGCAGCUUGUGGACAUACUGGACGCACAGCUGCAAGAACUGAAACCUCGUGAGAAAGACUCGGCGGGACGCAGCUUCAACAAGCGUCAAAAAAGAGAGAGGACUUGCAGGGCCUAUAUGAAGGCCAUUGUGGACACGGUUGACAACCUCCUGAGGCCAGAAGCCCUUAAAUCCUGGGAGGACAUGAAUUCCACAGAGCAAACACACGCUGCCACCAUGUUACUCGAUACCCUGGAGGAAGGAGCCUUUGUCCUUGCAGACAACCUGAUCGAGCCCGCUGUCGUCAGAGUGCCUGCCGAGAACAUCAUUUUGGACGUGUACGUGUUGAGCACUGACGGCCAAAUUCAAGACUUCAGGUUUCCACAGAGCAGCAAGAGAGGAGCCUCGAUUCAACUCUCAGCCAACAUGGUCAAACUAAACAGUAAAAACGGUGUUGCCAAGUUGGUGUUCGUCCUUUAUAAGCAUCUGGGGAAUUUCCUCAGUACAGAGAACGCCACAGUGAGACUGAUGGGUGAGGGCGGAGUCAAAAACCACACCCUGACCGUCAACUCCCACAUCCUCUCUGCCUCCAUCAACAAAGAGUCCAGCCGAGUGUUCGUGUCGGAGCCGGUCGUAUUCACACUGGAGCAUCUGGACACUGAAAACUACUUCAACCCAAACUGCUCCUUCUGGAACUACUCGGAGAGGAGCAUGAUGGGAUACUGGUCAACGCAAGGCUGCAAACUCAUCGCCACGAACAAGACUCACACCACGUGUACAUGCAGUCACCUGACCAACUUUGCGAUUCUGAUGGCCCAUCGAGAGCAUGCGGGUGUGGGGAGCAUCCAUGAACUCCUGCUGACAGUUAUCACUCGAAUGGGCAUUGCCGUUUCGCUUGUCUGCCUCGCCAUCAGUAUCUUCACCUUCUGCUUCUUCCGCGGCCUUCAGAGUGACCGCAACACCAUCCACAAGAAUCUCUGCAUCAACCUCUUCAUUGCCGAGCUCCUCUUCCUCGUGGGCAUCAACAUGACUGAACCUCCGAUUGUGUGCUCGGUGAUCGCUGGAGUUCUUCAUUUUUUCUUUCUGGCGGCGUUUGCUUGGAUGUGUUUGGAGGGCGUUCAGUUGUUCCUCAUGCUCGUGGAGGUCUUCGAGAGCGAGUUUUCCAGACGAAAGUACUAUUACGCAUCCGGCUAUCUGUUUCCAGCAGUGGUGGUUGGGAUUUCGGCAGCCAUCGACUACAAAAGCUACGGCACCAAGAAAGCUUGUUGGUUGAGGGUUGAUAAUCAUUUCAUCUGGAGUUUCAUUGGUCCUGUAACGUUCGUCAUCUUGCUUAAUCUCAUCUUUCUGGUGGUGACUUUGUACAAGAUGGUAAAACACUCGACGUCUAUGAAACCCGAUUCCAGCAGGCUGGAGAACAUACGAUCCUGGGUGCUGGGCGCUUUCGCCUUGCUGUGUCUACUUGGCCUGACUUGGUCCUUCGGUCUGUUUUUCUUGAACGACUCUUCAAUACUUAUGGCGUACCUCUUCACCAUCUUCAAUACCUUACAAGGGAUGUUCAUCUUUAUCUUCCACUGUCUCCUGCAGAAGAAGGUGCGUAAAGAAUACAGCAAGUGUUUUCGGCAGUCUCAGUGUUGUGGUGGUCUGCCAUCUGAAGGCCCACACAGCUCCAACAAAACCUCGGCCGCCAGAUCCACGGCCAGAUAUUCAUCUGCUACGCAGAGCCGUAUUAGGAGGAUGUGGAACGACACAGUGAGGAAACAGUCAGAGUCUUCCUUCAUCUCCGGAGACAUCAACAGCACUUCUACUCUAAACCAAGGAAUGACCGGCAACUAUCUCCUAACUAACCCUCUCCUACGGCCCCACGACACUAACAACCCUUAUAACAACCUUCUCGCCGAAACCAUCGUCUGCAACACACCUUCACCUCCGGCUUUCCACUCCCCAGGCCAGCACUCGCUGACGAACAGCCGUGAUGUCAGCACCAUGGACACCCUCCCUCUUAACGGCAACUUCAACAACAGUUACUCUCUAAGAGAGGACGACUACGAAGACCCCGCUUUGCGCUGCCCGGCCGAAUGCGCUUUAGCCCUGGAUGAUGCCGCCUUUGAAAAGAUGAUCAUCUCCGAGCUGGUUCACAACAAUCUGAGGCCUCGUGGGCCGCCGCAGAACCAAAAAGGCACAAAAUGCGAACAGGGGUUAAAACGCAGAGACCCAGCAGCGCAGCAGACGCGCGUCAGCAUCGACGGGGGCGUCGGUAACAGCAGUGGGAGCGAAGACGAUGCCAUAGUUGCUGAUGCCGACACCUCCGCUUUGCCAUCGUCCACAAGUCACCCAGCGCUGGAGCUUCUUCUCCUUCACCCGAACCACCGGGAGGUCCUUGAGGCCCCGCUUUUGCCCCAGCGAACUCAUUCCCUCCUUUACUGUGCCCAAAGUGCAUCUCGACGCGCCGCCAGGCCGCAAGAGGAGAGUAGAGAGUCAGAAGAAGAAGAUGAUGAAGAAAUGCCGGCGGAAGAAGAGAACACGCCCUCGCCAAAUAACAGAGACUCGUUGUACACGAGCAUGCCCAAUCUCAGAGACUCAUCGCCCUUGGAUUCGGCAGACCAUGCUGAUGGAGAGGACGACGGUUCCCUUUGCUCAUCCGCUCGCGGUGAACCAGAGGAACUCUGCCAUAAGAGUUUGCCCGACCUGGGCGAUGGGACCCAACCACUUUCUUACUAUCAAAUUAGCCGGCGGGGGACCAGCGAGGGCUGCAUCGGCCCCGAGCUCCCCGACGGCUGCCUUCCGGAGGAGGGUGAAGCCGAUAAAGACGGACAGAUGCAGCUAAUCACCAGCCUCUGAGUCCAAAAUUUUCACUUUUAUUCCAGUUAUCCUCUUACUUUUCUCAAACUGCAAGAGAGGGACUCGUCGACGGCACAAAGACUUUUUUUUAAGCAACAGGACAGACGGUCUGUUCGAACUCUCAAGAUGUGCUGAUGUGGAUGCAGUUUCCUGAGCGGCACGCGUCAGUGUUAAGACUGGCAUCAUACGCAUCUGCCAAAACAAAAGCUUUGUAUAAUUUACUGUAAAAAAAAAUAAUAAACAUGCCAAUGUCAGAUUUUUUAGGACUUUGAAAACUCUCUUGGCCAGUUUGCAGGUUAAUCUUCCUGUCUUGGAAACACAGAGGUUCUCUAAUACAGAACGAAGGGUUAAAGACUGAAAAAAUAACAAAGAACCACUAUUCCAGACUCAGGCCUUAUAUUUUCUCUAUUGCACAUAUAACUGUUGUACGAAUGACAGCUGAAGAAAAUAUAUUUUGCAGUACCACAAGUGUAAAGAAAAAAAAAGUCAAGCAUAUGUCCAUAUUAGAAACAUGUCAGACAAAUUAUAGAGAAGUCGUUGCACAUUUUCUUGAAAUGUGUGAGGUUUUUUCGUGCAUUAAAAACAUGAAGGGAGCCAACUGAACCCAUAAUCACACUCACCAGUGGUUUGUUCUGCUAGGGAUUUUGCCAUUCAAAUGCCAAUGUAUACGUACGAAAAGAAGCUUAAUUCAAAUUUGGAGUGAAUUGGACUGAUAUGUAAUUUAUUUUACUUUUAAAAAGAAAAUGCUGACAUUAUUUGUCAGGGAUCAGGAAUAUUCAUGUGUGUGUCGACACGUUACCUUGAGGACAUAUCUCCGUAUUUGACACUAAAUAAUUUAUUAGAUGAAGUAUGAACUAUGGAGUAAAAGGGUUGAUACGGACGUGUGCGUGAUGUAACACUGUUGAUAUUCAUUUCAAUUUUUUCUAAGAGCCCAUUGUCAUACGCUGAUGUAAAUUCAACUCAUGUUUGAUAUCAAAUAAAUGUGACAAUUUUUCUUGUU